AUGAAACGCUGCUCGCAGGUGACAGUGGUGGGCGACUGGGACCCUGCGUGGCCGGCGCUGAGGGCGCUGGAGUUUGGGCGGCAGAGCAUACGAUCGCCCUUUGAGUCCAACGUCAUCUAUAACUUUGAACUCAUGGAAUGCAUCUUUGAUUAUGCAUUUGAUCGAUUGGGGGUGGAAGGCAGCGGCAGGGUAAACCACCCUGUGUUAUUAACCGAGGCUCCCUGCACGCCCCUGUACACGCGAGGCAAGACGGCAGAGCUCAUGUUUGAAACCUACGGCGUGCCUGCGCUGGCAUUCGGAGUGGACGGGGUGUUCAGCUAUCGCCACAACACCGCACAGCACCACUCUGUACCGGACGGUCUGCUGGUCAACUGCGGCCACUCCACCACUCAUGUCAUGCCCGUACGUGAGCCCCUGCUGCCCCCUCGCUCCACUCUCUCACCCUGUCUUUCGCACUCUCCCGCACUCAUCUCCUUUGCUCCUUCAGCCCCCUCACUUGCUCUCGCACCUCCCCUCUCUUGCUUCCUCACUCCUCCUCUGCUUCAUUGCCAGCUGGGCUGGCGUGUGGUGAUUUCUGGGCAGAUGAUCGCAGGGCAGCCUCUGCUGGACGCCACGUGUCGCAUUCCUGUUGGCGGAUGGCACGUCACUGACUACCUGAAACGCCUCCUCACUCUGCUGUAUCCUCAACACUCGUCUGCCAUAACGUGGGAGCGAGCUGAGGAGAUGAAGUGCCGGAGUGUGUAUGUGGCGAUUGACUACUCACAGGAGCUUAAGACAUUCCAGUCCCCAGACGCCCCGGUGGUUUCCUGGCAGCUUCCAUGGGUACCCCCAGUGGCCCCCCAGGGGCCAUCAGAAGAGGAGCUGGCGAGGCGGGCGGCCAACAAGGAGCGCGCGGGGCAGCGGUUGAGAGACAUGGCGGCAGCCAAGCGGGCGGCGAAGCGGGCGGCGGAAUUGGAAGAGGUGGAGGGCGAAGUGGAGGGGUUGAGAGCGGUGAUCGAGGAUGUGGAGGACGGGGCGGAAGGGAGAGAGGCGAUCAUGCUUCUCUCCCGUGUGCGCUGUGCCACGCUCUCAGAGGCACGAGCCAAGCUCGCCAAGAGCAUGGCGACCCUCAGGAAACUGAGGGGGCAGGAGGGCGAGGGGGAGGGCGAGGAGGGUGAGGGGGAAGGUGAGGAGGGGGAGACCGGGUCGGUGGCAGGUGGGGCAGAGGAACAGGAUGAAUCAGUGUUGUACCCUCUGCUUGAUAUCCCCGAUACAGAGCUCACAGCAGAGGAGUUGCGGGAGAAGCGGCGGCAGCGAACGAUGCGGGGGAUAGCGUUGGGGCAGGCAAGGAUGAGACAGGCAGCAGAGGAGAAACGGGCUAAAGCAGCUGCUGAGAGGGAUGAGGAGGAGAGGAAGAGGAGGGAGAACCCAGAGGCGUAUGCAGCAGAGCUGAGGGCACGGUUUCAGCAGCUGCAGGGGGCCUUGGAGCAGAGGAAGCGGAGGAAGAUGGGCGGAGGCGCCGUGGUGCUUGGUGCUGCCGCUGCGUCCCCAUCCGUGGGUGGCGGUAGCAGUGUGGGGGGAGGAGAGGGGUCUGAUGGAGGGGCAGGUGGGGGGGAAGCGGGGGUGGAGGAGGAAGAGGAGGAGGAGGCGGAGAGGGAGGCUGCAGAGCUGGAGAAACUGAGAGCCAGGCUGCAGGAAGUUGAUCCGGCCUUUCUAGUCUCCAUCAAUGCUUCACCUGCCACAACCUCAGCCCCGGGCACUGGCACCAGCCUUUCCGGACCUGCCUCCUCAGUUCGGCAGCCCACCGACGCAGAUUACCAGAUCAGGCUCGGGGUGGAGCGUGUCCGGGCAGCUGAAAUUCUUUUCGAGCCGUCUCUGAUCGGGCUCGACCGGGCAGGCUUGGGCGAAAGUUUGGGUGCUGCGGUGAGAAGAACAGCGGAGGAGCUAAGGAGCAAGCUAGUCCCAUUGUAUUCUAGAACUAAGUCAGCUAGUGGUGCUCUUGCCUUGGCCACUGCUGGUUCGGGCAUGGAAAAUGUUCCGCCGAGCUUUCUUUUCCUGACCGGGGGAUGUUCGCUGCUGCCCGGAAUGAGGGGCAGGUUGGAGACGGAGUAUCGGCAGGUGCUGCCAAUGGGGAGUGGGAUAAAGAUUGUGGAGGCUCGGGAUGUGUUCUGGGAUGCCUGGAGGGGUGCGGCAGCCAUGGCUGGGGAUGGGAGGAGACUGCUACGACAGGCUGUUAGUCGGAAGGAGUAUGAGGAGCGUGGACCGGAUGCGUUUCGGCGAUACAAGUUUGAGUACUUUUGA